CCGGCCCGCACGGCGGGCGGGGUGUUCGUGUCCGGCGGGUCGGUCGCGAACCUGAUGAGCAUUGCCGUGGCGCGCGAUUAGAAACUCGACGGCGCCGCGCGCGGGGUCAUCUACCUCAGCGAGCGGGCCCACUACGCCGUCGCCAAGAUGGCGCGCGUGCUCGGGUUCGCCGACCGCCAGGUCCAUCGCGUCCGCUGCAGUGAGGUCUUCGAGCUCGACGUCGGGGAUCUGCAAGCGCAGUUGGUCGCCGAUCGGCGGCAGGGGCUGCUCCCGUUCAUGAUCGUCGCGACCUGCGGAUAUACUGAGACCGGGACGGUGGAUCCCAUUGCCGAGCUGGCGGACAUCGCGCGGAGAGAGUCGCUCUGGCUGCAUGUCGACGGGGCGUACGGCGCCUCGGUGGCGCUGUCGCAUGCCCAUGCGCAUCUCGUGGCCGGGCUCGGCGCCGCGGACAGCGUCGCCUGGGAUGCGCACAAGUGGCUCUUUUCCUCCUUCGGCUGCGGGAUGCUCCUGGUUCGCGACCGGGGCCAUUUGUGCUCGACCUUCGGGGUGCAGUCCGAAUUGAUGGAUCAGCAGGCUGGCGGCUUGAGCGAGAAGCCUGAGCCGUGGGAUCUCAGCGUGGAGUUGACCAGACCCGCUCGAGCCAUGAGUCUGUGGUUCAUGUUGAGAGUCUUGGGUGAGGAGCGGAUUGGCCGAAUGAUCGAUUAUGGCAUCGACACGGCGGACUCAGUGCAAGCUCGCUUGCAGGCUCGAGAGGGGUGGGAGAUCCUCACGCAUGCGAAACUUGGUAUCGUGACCUUCCGGUAUAAUCCCGGAACGUGCUCGGGGGAGGGUCUAGAUAGAAUCAACACCAAGAUCUCGGACACACUGUUCAAAGACAACCUGGCAGGCAUUUUCUCUAUUCGCGUGUCAGGAGUCGUGGGCCUCAGGGUGUGUUGCAUCACUACGCGACUGAGCGAGGAAGAUAUCGAUCAACCUAUUCAGCAAAUAGACAAGACUGCGAAACAGGUGUGUAAGGAUUUCUAGUGGACUGGUCGAGCCUAUAUUUCCAUAGACCCCUCCCCAUCCCUAUCCACUCAAUUCGGUGCUGCUCAGCGUGUAGUAAGAUAGUCGCUUCCUAAUGAAACUUUACUUCCAAGGGAGU